CUUGGAAUGAUGGUUGGGGGCCACGUACAAAAGGGUAGAUGCAGCCCGACCCCGUCCUGCAUGCUGCCCGCCCCUCCACUUUGUGUAGUCCAGGACAUUUCCCGAAGCGGCCCUGACGUGCAGAUAUCACACACACACACACACACACACACACUCACACAAACACACACACGCCGCAUCUUGUUUGAGCUUGUGUGUUUUCCCCCCUGGGUUCCAGAACCUUAUUUCACACUUCGUUUGUGUGUUGUGGGAACAUUUGCUGUGCCGUUGUCCGCCUUGAUACUAGUCAGCCAUGCAGAUGCUUGUCAAGUCGAGUCUCACCCUCGCCUCCGCGGCGCUCGCGUUGGCUGCGCCCUUCUCGUCGCAACCCUACGGGGAUGGGGACGCCUACGACUAUAUCGUCGUCGGCGGUGGUACUGCUGGAGUAGCCGUAGCCGCCCGCCUCAGCGAGGGACUCCCUGCCUCCAGCAUCCUCCUCAUCGAGGCCGGGCCCGCCGCCUGGGACGAGCCGAAAAUCAACGUCCCGGGCAUGAAGGGAUCGACGCUGGGGACCAAGUACGACUGGAACUUCACCACCGUGGCCCAGCCCCACGUCAACGGCCGAGUCUUCACCGUCAACCGCGGCAGGGUCCUCGGCGGCAGCUCCGCCCUCAACCUCAUGUCCUACGACAGGGCCGCCGUCGCCGAGUACGACAGCUGGGAGGCUCUGGGUAACCCGGGAUGGAACUGGGAGACGAUGAUCGCGGCCAUGAAGAAGUCCGAGACCUUCACCGGCAUCAACACAGACACAUACGGCUCUGAGGGCGUCGGCGACAGCGGCCCCGUCCAGGCCGUCAUCAACCGCAUCAUCCCCGAGCACCAGGACACGUGGAUCCCGACGAUGAACGCCCUAGGCGUCAAGACCAACCUGGAGUCCCUCGGCGGGAACCCGCUCGGUGUCAUGUACCAGCCCAGCAGCAUCGAUCCCGCGCACUACAACAGAUCUUACAGCGCCAACGCCUACGUCCCCCUUGCCGGCUCCAACUUGUUCAUUCUUCCCGAUACCACAGUGGCCAAGAUCAACCUCGGGAGGGCGACAACCAACUCGACCCAGCAGCGGGCUACCGGCGUGACCCUGAAGGACGGUACCGUGAUCCAGGCCCGGAAGGAAGUCAUCCUCUCUGCCGGCUCCAUCCAGAGCCCGGGUCUUCUGGAGUUGUCCGGCAUCGGCCAGGCAUCGGUCCUCAACGCGUCUGGCAUCGAGCAGCUCAUCGACCUCCCCGGCGUCGGCGAGAACCUGCAGGACCACCUCCGGAUCCAGAGCUCGUACCAGCUGAAGCCCGAAUACCUCUCGUUCGACAUCCUCCGCAGCAACGCCACCUUCGCCGCCGAGCAGCUCGCACUCUGGAACGCUGGCCAAGUCUCGCUGUACGACUACACCGGGUCCGGUUACACCUUCAGCACAUGGGCACAGGCGCUCGGCAACGACUCCCGCAUGGUUGCCCUCGCCAAGGAGGCCGCCGGCGAGGAUCCCAGCAUCGUCGACCAGAAGAAGUUGGAGUUCAUGUCCGACCCGUCCAUCCCUCAACUCGAGGUCAUCUUCUCAGACGGCUACACGGGCGUCAAGGGCUACCCCGCGGCCACCUCGCCCCUCUUCAGCAAGGGCUUCUUCACCCUCAUCGCCGCCAUCAUGCACCCCAUGAGCCGCGGCUCGAUCCACAUCAACCCGGCCGACGCGGCCGGCAAGCCCAUCAUCAACCCCAACUACCUCGGCCACGAGCACGACCUCGAGGCCGCCGUCCAGGCCAUCAAGUACUGCCGCCGGAUCGCUCAGACGGAGCCCAUGCGGUCCACGUGGGAGAGCGAGUACGAGCCUGGCCUGGACGCCGUGCAGACGGACGAGCAGUGGCGUCAGUUCGCGCUCAACACGACGUUGAGCAUCUUCCAUCCCGUUGGAACCUGCUCCAUGCUGCCGAAAAAGGACGGGGGCGUGGUGGAUGCGGACUUGAAGGUCUACGGCACGGCCAACCUGCGCGUGGUCGACGCGAGCGUGAUCCCGCUGCUCAUCUCCGCCCACGUCCAAACUGCCGUGUACGGCAUUGCUGAGAUUGCUGCCGAGCGCAUCAUUGCGGCUGCUACUGCUGCGUGAGGCAGGGGGAGGAGUGAGGAGGGAGUGGUUGUGAGAUUAGGCAACACGAAGUAGACAUGUAGCCUCUGAAGUCGAAUGAAAGUGAGCGCUCACCUGUCGAAGUUGAAUUGCCGAGACUCUGUCGCAUGUGACGACGAAGCCUGAAUGAAUGGACAUCAGGUAUGAGUUAUCACACUUUUACAGGGUCGCCCGUAAUGCCUAGUCAGUGAGAAACAGAGCCAAAAAGCAUAGACAGAUAAGUGACGGUGGCUCAGUAUAUGAAGAAUGGGGUCCCGACGUGAAAGUGAAGGAAAUAGAAACCAGCCAACUUGCCGGCUGGUGUCCGAGGCUGGAUGUCCUGUUUUCAUUUCGGAAAGGGG